AUGGGCCUAGUCGAAGACGAUUCGAUUCUCCAUCCUGAAAUCGAUGAAGACCAUUUGCUUUACAUUACGCGUCUCAACGAAGGUCACGAGGUUUAUACACGGUUUUUCGACGCCCUGCUCAUCAAGCGGAAUCUGCAUCGUUCGUUCUUUCGUGAUCUGAAAGCUUUUAGAGAACAGCCACAACCUAUCUCCCUUCUCGAUCGAGCUGACCAGGACAAGAAAAAUUACAAAGAAGUCACCAAGGUGUACCUGGAUAGUCGUUUCGCACAUCCGUGGUGCAGGAGGACACCAUUAAAGAAAGCGUUCUGGCGAGCGGAAUGGGGUAACAUUGAGGGAAAGCAAAGAGAUCUCGAGAUCGUCAGAGAGGAAGAGAGACUACACAGGCUGCUUGUGCCAAUAUGGAUCGUCAUGCGUUCAAAAAUGUUCCCUGCUGAAGACGUGUUGAAAGAAUGGUGCACCGAAGAAAGAGUUCGAAUCAAACGGAACGCAGAGAACAAGCUCACCAUGGCUGCCCUGCAGCAACACGAUGAGCAGAUAAAAAGAGAUGUGCAGGUCAAAACCUCUGAUGUUGGCAACAAAGCUGGUUCGGAUUGUGGUUUAGAUGAAGAACAACGACGAGCAGCACAUGCAGCAACAAGCGUUUUAAGACUAGCUGCUGCUGGCUUGAUCAUGAGCCAGACGCCUAAGCGAAAGUUGCGGUGGCUGACCAAGAAGCCGAAUUGA